AUGGAAAAUGGAGAUGAAUUUUCACUCGAAACACCAACACCGAUAGCUCUCGCUCAUAAUAAUGAACAACCAGAGGAACAAUACUAUUUAACAAAAGCAGCCCAUUCCAGCAGCGCCGGCAGUCACAAGCGAUCCGGAUCGUUACUAUCGAAGCUUUCGUUCCUCCGCAUGAGCCAAACACUCGAAGAACUGCCGCCCCCUUCACGAAACCUCGAAGUUACCCGCAGUGCCAGUCCCAAUUGCGACAAUGAAAACAAUGGCCUCGGUGUUGGCGGGUCGCGAGCGGUUGGAGCGGGAGGUGGUGGUGGUGGUGGUAGUGGCAGAGCAAUGGCAACGGCCAUGCAACAACAUCAAAGACGAAUGCGACGACGAAAGGGCUCGUUGCGGAAGACGGCACUCUUAGGCACUCGGUUGGAUGCCAGGGAAAGGAGGAACAGCGCUGGUUCUGCUAGGGACCAGAAUGGUUAUGCGGACAUUGAGAAUGAUAGAGGAACAUCGUCGUCACCUUUGAAUAGUGGCGGCAUUGUGACGUCUCCUAACGAUGAAGAAGAGACCCCGAGAGGAAGCAUGGAGCGCAACAGCAAUGGCAAUAAUGUCUUGUCAUCGUCAUCGUCAUCGUCAUACUCUGCAUACUGGCCUCGGUCGUCGAGAAUGGAUCGAAAUGCUGCGGCUGAUCUGGACAAACCGGGCAGUCAUGUGGGAAAUACUACAGACGAGGAAGACAAUGUGUCUCCUUUCAACCACAGCAACCGCAAUGUCGGUAGCACCGAUAGUAAUACUAAUCAUAAUAUAAAAGACGAAACAACUGCCCAGGCACGCCCAUGCUCCGCAAGCAGCAGCAGUAGUGGUAUUCCACGCCUCAUUGGAGCAACAACGACUACACCUUCCUCAAGCUCCGACUCCUACUUUCUAUCCCAUCGUCAGGCGGUCACAGCAGCAACUAACGCUACAGAAAACGCCACUAUCCAUCAGCAACCACAACAACGCCCUCAAUUUCAUCGCGCCAGAUCCCCACUCGUCACCCAUUCAAGCAUAGAAAUGUCGACUAAUCACCAUGUGGACGUUGGAUGGGACUAUGCAGAGACCGAAUGGUGGGGGUGGAUCAUUCUCAUCGUUACUUGGCUUGUCUUCGUGGUAGGAAUCGGGAGCUCCUUUGGAGUCUGGAGCUGGGCUUGGGACGUCGGCGAAACACCGUAUGCGCCGCCGGAACUGGAGGAUGAUCCUACCUUGCCUAUUGUCGGUUACUAUCCGGCUUUGAUGGUUAUGACUGCUGUCAUGGCGUGGGUUUGGGUGAUUGUUGCUUGGGUGGGGAUGAAGUAUUUCAAGCAUGCAAACAUAUCGGCUGAUGAUGGAUGA